GGCUCUAGCGGUUGUUCCGGUCGGGGAUUCUUAGCGAGUCCCGCAGUGAUGGACAACCUCAGCGUUUUCCUGCAGGAGAGCGGGGUUCCUGAGUGUUUAAUAUCGUCUAGAAAGACACUUGGACUUCCUCAGAAGGAGCAGGAGAAAAUGACCAAGUUCCAGGAGACUGUGAUGUUCAAGGACGUGGCUGUGGUCUUCACAGAGGAGGAGCUGGCACUGCUGGACCCUUCCCAAAGGAUGCUGUACCAAGAUGUGACCCUGGAGAACCUCAGGAACCUGAUCUCUGUGGGACAUUGGAAUCAAAAUGAGAUAGAGACUGCUCACGAAGUUGCUUUAAGGUACCUUUUUCAUGAAGACCUUGUGUGCUGGCAAAUAUGGAACCAACUGCUGAGAAAGUUAACUAGAAAUCAAGACUUGGUAAUAAACCAGGGAAGCAAGGUUUUGGAUUUGCUGAAACAGGGUGAUUCCACCUGUCAGUUGUGUGCAGGAGAAUCUACUCAGGUUUCAGAAGGAGAGAUAAAUGUAAUAAAGCCUCAAGAGGAAGUUCAAAAUUUCAGUACUAUAACAAAAGAAGAGUUUCCCAUGAGGACCAACCACAAUUGCCAGAAGAAAGUGUAUUUCAGACAGUCACAGAAUGAUCCGAGUAGGUGGCAGGAGGGUGACGACAGAUGUAAAGUGUUAGAGUGUGAGCAGUGUGACAGGAGAAGGACCUCUGGUCUCCACAGUGAUGAUGAGGAAGUGAGGAAAAGGGAGACGGCUUAUAGCCACAAGAAUUGUCUGAAAGACUUUGGGAAGGAGUCAUUGCAGUAUAGUGUAAUCCACUCAGAAGAGCACACCUCUACUGAAAAUGCAAAAGGCAUCAACUUUAGCCCCAGUGUUGAAUUUCAUCAACAAUUGCACCUGGGAGCAGAAACUCAUAUACAUUGUGAGUUUGGGGAGAGUAACAGUUACAGCUUGGAGCUUUGCACUGCUCAAAGUGUUCACACAGAAGAGAAAUGCAAAUGGAGUGAUGGGUGUGGUCAGGACGUGUGUCAGAGUUCAUAUCAGAAAACCGAUCAGCAAGUCCACAUGGGAGAGAAAACCUACAAGUGUGUUGAGUGUGGGAAGGGCUUCAGUGGGAGUUCACAACUUCAAGUUCACCAGCGACUGCACACCGGAGAGAAACCCUACAAAUGUGCUGUGUGUAGGAAGAGUUUUAGUCAGAGGUCCAGUCUUGAAUCUCAUGAGCGACUCCACAGUGGAAAGAAAAUCUACAAGUGUACUGAGUGUGGGGAGAUGUUCAGUCAGAAUUCAAAACUUCAAGUUCAUCAACGUGUCCACACUGGGGAGAAACCCUACAAAUGUGCUGUGUGUGGUAGGAGAUUCGCUCGGAGUUCAUAUCUGCAAGUUCAUCAGCGAGUGCACACUGGAGAGAAACCCUACAAAUGUCCUGUGUGUGGGAAGAGCUUCAGUCGCAGCUCAAACCUUCAAGUUCAUAAGCGAAAUCACACUGGAGAGAAACCCUACAAAUGUCCUGUGUGUGGGAAGAGCUUCAGUGAGAGAUCAUAUGUGCAAGUUCAUCAGCGAGUUCACACUGGAGAGAAACCCUUCAAAUGUGGUGUUUGUGGGAAGAACUUCAGUCGGAGUUCAUAUCUGCAAGUUCAUCAGCGAGUGCACACUGGAGAGAAGCCCUUCAGUUGUGCUGUGUGUGGGAAGAGCUUCAGUGAGAGUUCAAAACUUCAAGUUCAUCAGCGAGUUCACACUGGAGAGAAACCCUACAAAUGUACUCUGUGUGGGAAAAGCUUCAGUCAGAGGGCUGGACUUCAACUCCAUCAGCGGGUCCAUACUGCAGAGAAACCCUACAAAUGUACUGUGUGUGGUAAGAGCUUCACUCACAAAUGCGGGCUUCACAUUCAUCAGCGAAUCCACACGGGAGAAAAACCCUAUAAUUGUGAUUUGUGUGGGAUGAGAUUCAUUCGUAUGUCCUAUCUUCAAGCUCAUCGGCGAGUGCACACUGGAGAGAAACCCUACAAAUGUACUCUGUGUGGGAAAAGCUUCAGUCAGAGGUCUGGACUUCAACUUCAUCAGCAACUCCAUACUGCAGAGAAACCCUACAAAUGUACUGUGUGUGGUAAGAGCUUCACUCAGAAUUUCGGGUUUCAAAUUCAUCAGCGAAUCCACACGGGAGAAAAACCCUAUAAUUGUGAUUUGUGUGGGAUGAGAUUCAUUCGUAUGUCCUAUCUUCAAACUCAUCAGCGGGUCCACACUGGAGAGAAACCCUACAGAUGUGCUGUGUGUGGGAAGACCUUCAGUCGGAGUUCAGAUCUUAAAGUUCAUCAGCGAGUCCACACUGGAGAGAAACCUUACAGAUGUGCUCUGUGUGGGAAGAGCUUCAGUCGGAGUUCAGAUCUUAAAGUUCAUCAGCGAGUUCACACUGGAGAGAAACCCUACAAAUGUGCCCUGUGUGGGAAGACCUUCAGUCAUACCUCUAGUCUCCGAGGUCAUCAGCGCGUCCACACUUGAGAGAAACUACAAAUGGGCUGUGUGUGGUAAGAGCUUCAGUUGGAUCUUAGCUCUUCAAGCUCAUCAGGAGUUCCCCAUAUUGAAAAACCAUAUAAAUAUAGCAAAUCUGGAGCAAGGUUCAACCACAUUUCAAGUCUUGAAGCAGAUUGUAGAGUCCAUACUGCGUAGCACUGUACAAACAUUUUGGUUGUGGUAAGGGCUUUAGUAAGACUUCUACGUCUUCACCUUUAUCAGAGAGUAUAUGAUACUGGUAAGCUCAUCACACCUGAUAGGUGUGUGAUAAAAGUGUUCCCCAGAGCUUAGACUUCUACGUUUCAUGAGGAAAUCCACACAGCUGAGUGUCUAUAAAAUGUGUGUGUAAAAAAUUCAUCAUGACUUCCGGCCAAGGUUGAGGUGUAGGUGGACACACUGUGCCUCCUCAUAUAACCAAAAUUAAGGACAACAAGAAUUUAGAAACAGAAAAACAACCAGAAAAGACAGAAAAUUGAACUGUACCAAAGUCCCAACAACCAUUUAUUUAGACCAAUAAGAGGGGUGGAGUCAGUGGCCAGGCAAAAGGGCUUGCAGCAGGAAAAAGCGAUGCCUGGCAUAUCUGGGCCCACAGGGUGCAGGGAGCGGCUAGCAGACCCUGAUGGCAGAUCCCAGGUGCAGGCUCAGGGAGGCAACUAGCAGACCCAGUGAGGGACAGAAGUCAGCUGGCUGCGCACAGUGACACACUGGGGUACAGGCAAACCAGGUGAAAAGGGCAGCAAGAUAGACCACGCAAACCAGAGCCCAAGCUCCAGGAAAUAAAGCCUAAAAGCACUGAUUGAAAACAGUUGUGGAGGUUGAGGUGCUGGGAGAGACUGCACCCUCACAGGAGAGUUCAUUUAGAGACCCACAGGGUCCUAGAACGUACAGAAUCCCACCCAUCUGGGAACCAGCUCCGGAAGGGCCCAGUGUGCUAGUGGGAAGCGGCAGAAGGGAGUGAAAUUGGACAUGGAGUGGAGCAAGCGCCAUUGUUCCCUCCUGAUCCCACCCCCACAUACAGCAUCACAACCCAGCAACUGGGUUGCUCCAUCAG